AUGAUCAAGGAUAUUUCUACCACACUGGAGCCAUUGGCAAACACUCGGAAGAGUCUCAUGACAGAUGAAUUCAUAGAGGACAUUCAAAAUCUUUUGAAGGAUUUACCAUCGCUUUUGGAUGACUUCCUCUUCUCAGCUCGAACAUCAUUAACUCUAUCGGAUUUCUUGACGCCUAAGUUCAUUACCGAGAUUGGAUCAUUGAUCAACGGCUUGCCCGCGAUUAUUAAACAGCUAGUCCCUCUUUUGGAACCCGUGGAAAGUCUCAUUAAAGAGGUGUUGACGAAGGCAUUCAUCAGCCACAUUACAACCUUGCUGAAAGACAUCCCUAGUCUUUUGAACACGUUGCUUCCACUUAUUCCUAUGAUAGAGACUCUUAUCAAGGAUAUACUGGCACCCGAAGUUAUAAAUGUUGUGGGGCAACUUAUCGAAGCAGUACCUGGUCUUCUCAAGACAAUGCUUCCUCUUCUACCCAGGCUGGAGACACUGGUUAAGAGCAAACUGAUCCCCGAGAUUAUUAACCUUCUGGGUCAAGUGAUUGCGCAGGUACCGAGUUUGAUCAAAUCUGUCUUACGACUUGUGCCAUCGAUUAUCGAUCUGAUCAAAGAUAUCCUGACACCAACACGUUAA